CCCGCGCUGCCGUCGCUGGGAGCCGAGCCGGGCGGGGCGGCUGGGACCGGACCGGGCGGGAGCGGCCGGCCCGGGUGUAUGCGGCCGCCGGGACUGACGCCGGACCCGCCAGGGCCGGGCAGCCGGGAGUCGGGGCGCUGACGGCCGACAGGGGAGCUGCCCUCGGAGCAGCAUGGAUGCCCCCCGAAGGGACAUGGAGCUGCUCAGCAACAGCCUGGCGGCCUACGCACACAUCCGCGCUAACCCCGAGAGCUUUGGCCUCUACUUCGUGCUGGGCGUCUGCUUUGGCCUGCUGCUGACCCUGUGUCUACUGGUCAUCAGCAUCUCCUGCGCGCCCCGCCCGCGGCCCCGGGGUCCUGCUUCUCGCCGGGAUCCCCGCAGCAGCACAGUGGAGCCUGAGGACGAGGAGGAGGACGACGACGACACAGUGACGCGACUGGGCCCCGACGACACGCUGCCUGGCCCGGAGCUGUCUGUGGAGCCCGACGGACCCCUCAGCGUCAACGUCUUCACGUCUGCUGAGGAACUGGAACGCGCGCAGCGGCUGGAGGAGCGCGAGCGGAUCUUGCGCGAGAUCUGGCGCACCGGGCAGCCAGACCUACUGGGCACCGGCACACUGGGGCCCAGCUCUACCGGCACCUUGGGCCGCAUGCACUAUUACUGACGUCUUACCCGCGGACAGGCAACAGAGCCCAGAGCUGCCCUGGGUCCUUCGGACUGCCUCGCCCCCACAAAUUCCCCUGGUGCUAUUGAACAUGGGUCACUACCUUUUGAGAGGCACCCUUCCCGGGGCCGGGUGGGAGGAUGAUGCAAGGUCUCCACCUUCUCUCCUUAGGAAGCGAUGAAGAAGUGAAGUGACCAAUGAAAGCUGCAUUCUCAGUGACUCGGUCUCUCCCUCUGUUCCCCUUGCUCCUAGUGGUCCCCAGGACUGAGACCCAAUUCGACUCCUUUAUCAGACUGUACCACCUCUGUACACCCGCCAGACCAACAUGCUUGUGCCCACUUCACAGAUGGCAGAAAGAGGCACAAACACACCCCUGCUCCGCAUUCCGCAGUUUC